GAGCUGUCUUUCUCCUGUUUUUCUUCCUAACUUCAUACUUUACUUGCAAUCCAUAGCGUUCAAUAUUUUGCCAUCAACCUAUCGUUCUGUCAAAGCCAGCGAAGAUGGGCGAGGCGUUAUCCCCAGCAGCCCUCACCCUCUCCCAUCCUGACGCAGCGCAAUGGAAUAAAGAUCUCAUGCUAGCGUUUCAGAACGAACUGAAAAGGAAUCCAGAGGCCGAUCUACUGUCUAUGUUCUCUGACUCAUAUCGUCGUCAACAUCGGAAUUCCCAAUAUGUUCAACUGUGCUAUCCCGCAGCCAUCAACUUGUGAACGUUGCAUGGGAUGCGCGAUCUACUGAGGCGUGAACCAGAAAUUAAUAUUCUGUCAAGGUUCCCGAAAAAUUAUAAUCGUCGAAUUCAGAUGGCUACUGGGCCUAUCGCAAAGCCUUCAUCCGAGAAAGUUGCUAUCAAAAAUCAGGCCCCUGAUUUCCGCACACGUCUUGAUCUUGCCAAGUCUGCGACAGUUGUCUUUCCACUAUCCAACGAAGUGGCCGAUUUGUUGGCAAAGUUCUCGGGGGGCUGUCUGAAAGAAGUUCCGGGUGAUGACAGCGAGGCACUGCUUGUGUCUUUGAAGCAACUACUUUGGAACUCCCCGAAGCUGUGGGAGUGCCCUGUUAGAGGAAUGGUGGUCAAAUGCAACGAGAAAAUUGUGGCCAAAGUUAUUACGGGAAACAGAGAUUAUACGGAGCAAACGAGUAUGCAGUUUCUCGCCCAAAAAGCGCCUGAUAUUCCUGCUCCGAGGGCCCAUGGUUUGAUCAAAUUUGAACCGUUUCGCGUUAUCUUCAUGUCCUACAUUCCAGGGACAACAUUGACCCACGCAUGGCCUGAAAUGUCCCAUGAGGAAAAGUUGUCUAUCAAACAGCAACUGGAAAAGAUAUUUUGUCGACUCAGGUCUCUUCGGCAACCGGAGGGGAAACUGCUUGGGGGGGUUCACGGCGAAGGGGUCAAAGAGAUGCGCGUUGACGAAUGCGGUUUAUUCAAAGGCAUCACCACAUCAGUCGAGUUCAGCAAUUUGCAGUUCUCGGCUCGUCACCACGGCAGCAACUCAUAUGUCAAGCUCCUUCGAUCGCUCUUGGACCAUGAAAAUUUGCAAGCAGGAUCUGUUUUCACCCACGGCGAUGUUAGGACCGACAAUAUCAUGGUGAAGAAGGAUCCCGGUACCACUGAUGGUUAUAUUGUUACUGGGGUCAUUGAUUGGGAGGACAGUGGUUUCUACCCGCCGUAUUAUGAGUGUACUACAUUAACACGCACCCAGAGCUUGGUGGAUGAAGACGACUGGUAUCUUUACUUGCCACGGGUUAUCUCGCCGUCAGAAUUCCCUAUACGUUGGCUAGUUGAUCGACUUUGGGGGAUUCAUGUCAGGACCACAUAGCUCAAAGCCUGCAAAUGACUAGGUGGCCAGAUAGAAACCAGAAUACGGUCAAUCUAAUAAUCUAUUGGUCGCCGCGAAACCACCUGCCAAGAUAUAUGAACCGUCAUAAGAACACAUCCUGGGGUUUGGAUCGUGAUUUCCUGCGAUAAUUAGACAGUUUGAGGCGCUCUGGUCGUUAGAUUUGGCGCUCGGGGCUUGGUGGGUUAAAACUAUUGGUCUGUAGCUAUAGUUUCGACCAGACUCGGCUGAGACGACGACUGGGGGCGUUCACUCAGACGAGCUCUUUGAAGCUGAGUUGUAUAGUAUUUUAGAGGUUAGGGAACACUUCUAUAACCAAUUACAUAGCUUAUCUAGGCGCACCAUUUACGAGCGGGGAUCCUUUGGCGCUAAAUGAUUGAAUG